AUGUCUACACAGUCAACAUCCACUCUUAAGGCUUUUUACAAUGACACCGCGAUCGAAAACUGGACAUGUGUAAAUAUGGAAGAAUAUUAUCGUUCGAAAUCAGGACAAAAUAGGAGAAAAGUUCUAGAUUGCAUAAAAAAAGAUCUUGAAGAAGUGGCAAAUUUAGGCGAUUUUGAUAUGACGCGCAAGAGAAAAGCUCAAGAUAUCCUCGACGACUGGAAGUUCGACGCUUGGCGCAAGCUGGGUCUGCUAGCCUCCAGUGACGAACUGCUAGUUCGACGCCUAUUUUCCAAGAAUUGGACUGCACAAAAGAACCCAAAACGUUCUGGAGCAAAGAUUGAGAAUCUUCAGGUAAAGAAGAUAAAGCAGUUCAAUCACGCGACCCAAUUCAACAAUAGCCAUAAUAUAAUGUUUGGAGGACAUCAAGAAAUAAUAAAUACCGAAGGAACUUCAACUCAGGAAGGAGAACCUUCUUCGGCUGGGAUGAGACUUAGGGAAAAAAAGAAAGUCUGUUAUAUCGAAAGCUCAACAGUGACGGAUUCCUCUGGUUCGGAAUACCAAGAUAAACCUAAGAAGAUCAAAACGAAUAAAGAAACGAAAAUAAGAAGUUCUAGCUCUCCAGCCGGAAGUUUAAGUAGUUCCCAGUUAAGUAUUCCACGACAAACACCGGAUUUGGUAACAGACAGUGAUGACAUAGUCGAGCAGGUGCAGAUGUCAGAGGAGGAUUUUAAUAAGUUCACAAAGGCAUUCCAAAAACUUGAAAAUACAAAAAAAUGGGUAUUAACAUCUGGGAAGGUUGUUGAAGAUGAGUUAUACAAGUUUGGCAUGAGAUGCAAUUAUGAACAUCUCUGUCAUUCUUUUAUAAUUGAUCCGGAAGACAGAAGCUUUGUUGAAGAAAAUAUUUUCUCCCCUUCUGAACUCAAAGAAAUUUAUACAUACAAUCAAAAAUCAUUUCCGAAUUUGCUCCAAGAUUUGUUAGAAUAUCUUGGUAGUUACCAACUGGCACCACGGGUUUUUAGGUCAGAACCAUGGCAAUCAGCUUACAACCGACAAAGGGAUUUUGACAGGGAUUGGAUAAGGAACACCGUUGACAAUUUUAUUCGUGAAUAUGAAGCAGACAGCCUAAAAAAAGGAGAUCAUUUAGAAGGAUGGUUACUGUCACAUGUAUGGUUGUUCAUAGACAAGGCGUUUGAGAACAUAGAAGGUGUCGAAGUAAUUAGGGGAGAAUCUUGUAGCAUCGCAUCAUCGUCUCGAAAAAAUAGAGAUCGAAAUGUUCCAUCUGCUAUAAUGGUACAAAAAUUCUACGAGAGAGGAUUGAAAACGCCAAAGAUGAUGAACGAUCAAUUCGAUGACUUAUGCAUUCACAUGGGAUCGAAAGAAAAAAAAGUCAGAAAGCUUGAGACUAUCGGAUUCAUUCAUGCAGGACUUUCUGUACUAUUGCUCAGAUUAGAUUCUCCGGCAGGAUAUGUUAGUAGAAUCUCUCGUUCUAAAAUGCUGACCAUCCCAUCAAAUAUCAGUGAGUUUUGCAAAGGAGUUCUUCCAGCCAUUAUACUUGCGUGGAAGGCAAAGAAAAUCGUUAGCAAUGUCAUUGAGAUGAUGAAUGAAAAUGACGAGGAAAAUCCACUCCAGGCCCUCCAACAAUCAUGCGAGAACACAUCAAUUCUUUCUCCUCCACGGCAUGUAAUUUGUCGCACAACCAGUUUUGAUACUCCAAGUAGUAAGGAUAAAAAAGGUACUUCAAUACUCCAAACAAGGCAAAAAGAAGCUAAAAUCUAG